CGUAUAAAAACAAGGAAGAAAAGUCACAUCCGCGGGAAAUUGCUCAACUACUUCUUGCGCGUUGUACGCUAGCACACGUUUGCUCUCCGCCAAGCGAUCGUUUGACUCCCCGGAUUCUGAUUUACUUGAACGCACGGAGGCGCCGAGGCACUACCUACGUCCCGGCCGACUAAAACAGGAGGAGUUGGAGGAGUUUCGUGUGGGAAUAAACGCCUCUCGGCCUAUUUUAGCCGAGGUCGCUAGCCGCUAGCUAACAGAGAGGCGAGAGGCGCCCCGCGUCGCAGAGAGCAAGAGCGACGAUUACCGUGGGCCAAUGUGUGCGAACAUUGUGAAAGACGAAGAGUACGAGGAGGACGUUUGUGGGCCAAGCAAGGAGAGCGAGCGUCGAGUCCCGGACGCCGAUGUCGAACAGCCUCCACUUUGGCUCCGUGACGCAGACGUCAGUGAAGAUCUUGUUGAGUCUCCCCGCAUCAAAACGGAAGAGGCGCCGCAGCCUGCGCGCGUUAAAGAAGGGAUGCCGGAUCCCGUUCGCAUCAAAGUGGAGGAAGAGCCCGAGGCACCGCGCGUCAAAGAAGACGAGCGGGAGGACCGGAUCUCAAAGUCUCCAUUGGCUGGCGUCAUUGUGAAGAGCGAAGGAGCCCAUCGUGGAGGAACCCCAUCGGACGGCCUCCUGGCUCCGCUUUCAGACAGCGAUGACGUCACGUCACACUCUUCCGACUAUGGUGACGACGACGACGACGAUGGCAACAAGUGGGUUAAAUGUUCUCACAAAAAGUCCUCGUUGAAAGCACGCACGGGAGAAAACCCAUACGCCUGCUCCAUUUGUGGGAAUAUAUUCUCGAGACAAACGCAUCUGACGAAUCACACGCGAACCCAUACUGGAGAGAAACCGUUUGCCUGCUGCCAUUGCGGCAAAACGUUCGCCCAGAAGGCCAAUUUAAAAAGGCACGCCACAAUCCACGACGGAGAGAAACCUUUUCCUUGCUCGCUUUGUGGCAAAAGCUUCACGCAGGGCGGAGAUUUGCGAAUACACGUGAGAACACACAGCGGCGAGAAACCGUUUGUCUGCCCGGUUUGCGGUACAAGGUUCACCAGGAAAAACAACCUAACGAGACACAUGAGAACGCACACGGGUGAGAAACCUUUUGCUUGCUCAUUUUGUGGCAAAGCCUUUAACAGCAAGAACAAUAUGAAGACUCACGUGAGAAUACAUGUUGGCGAGAAACCAUUCACUUGCGGCGUGUGUGACAAGCGAUUCGUUCGGAAGGAUCAGCUUGAGAAACACAAAUGUGCUGCUCAGAUCGGCAGGAGACCGUCGAGCGGCAAAAUAAACUCUUGAGCGACUGA